AUGGUGGAUGCGGCGGAGUGCGGGGUGAGGGUGAUGUGUCGCUUCAGGCCGCUGAACGAGGCCGAGAUCAACCGGGGAGACAAAUACAUCCCCAAAUUCAAGGAGGACGACACGGUGCUCAUCACGGGAAAACCGUUUGUGUUCGACCGAGUGCUGCCUCCCAACACGUCGCAGGAACAAGUGUACGACCAGUGUGCCAAACAGAUCGUCAAAGAUGUGCUGGGCGGCUACAACGGGACCAUCUUCGCCUACGGACAGACGUCCUCUGGGAAGACACACACCAUGGAGGGCAAACUGCACGACCCCCAGCUGAUGGGCAUCAUCCCUCGCAUCGCCCACGACAUCUUCGACCACAUCUACUCCAUGGACGAGAACCUCGAGUUUCACAUCAAGGUCUCUUAUUUUGAAAUCUACUUGGACAAGAUCAGAGAUCUGCUGGACGUGUCGAAGACGAACCUCGCUGUGCACGAAGACAAAAACAGGGUUCCCUACGUUAAGGGCUGCACUGAGCGCUUCGUGUCCAGUCCAGAGGAGGUGAUGGACGUCAUUGAUGAGGGAAAAGCCAAUCGGCACGUGGCGGUGACUAACAUGAAUGAGCACAGCUCUCGCAGCCACAGCAUCUUCCUCAUCAACAUCAAGCAGGAAAACAUCGAGACGGAGAAGAAGCUGUCGGGGAAGCUCUACCUGGUCGACCUGGCCGGCAGCGAGAAGGUCAGCAAGACGGGAGCCGAGGGCGCCGUGCUGGACGAGGCCAAGAACAUCAACAAAUCUCUGUCGGCGCUGGGAAACGUCAUCUCAGCUCUGGCCGAGGGAACAAAAACCCACGUCCCGUACAGAGACAGUAAGAUGACCCGCAUCCUGCAGGACUCUCUGGGGGGAAACUGUCGCACCACCAUCAUCAUCUGCUGCUCGCCGUCCAUCUACAAUGAAGCCGAGACCAAGUCCACGCUCAUGUUCGGCCAGAGAGCCAAGACCAUCAAGAACACGGUGUCUGUGAACCUGGAGCUGACGGCCGAGGAGUGGAAGAAGAAGUACGAGAAGGAGAAGGACAAGAACAAGAGCCUGAAGAACAUCAUCCAGAGGCUGGAGGCCGAGCUCAACCGCUGGAGGAACGGGGAGGACGUUCCCGAGGAGGAGCAGCUGAGCGCCAAAGAUCAGAAGAACGUCGAGCCCAACGACAACACUCCCAUCAUCGACAACCUGCUGCCGGCCGGAGGAGGAGGAGGCGUCACCGGCGAGGAGAGGACCAAGUACGAGGAGGACAUCAGCAACCUGUACAAACAGCUGGACGACAAAGAUGAUGAAAUUAACCAGCAUAGCCAGCUAGCGGAGAAGCUUAAGGAGCAGAUGUUGGAUCAAGAAGAGCUGCUGGCGUCGACGCGGCGCGACUACGAGAAGAUCCAGGAGGAGCUUUGCCGGCUGCAGACGGAGAACGAGCUGGCCAAGGAGGAGGUGAAGGAGGUGCUGCAGGCGCUGGAAGAGCUGGCCGUCAACUACGACCAGAAGAGCCAGGAGGUGGAGGAGCGAGACCAGGUCAACCUGCAGCUGACCGAGGAGCUGCAGCACAAGACGGCGCUGCUGUCGGUGGUCCAGAGAGAACUGAGUCAGCUGCAGGAGCUCAACGGUCUGCAGAGGAAGAGAGCCGCCGAGGUCCUGAACCUGCUGCUGAGGGACCUCAGCGACAUCGGCGCCAUCAUCGGCACCAGCGACGUCAAGGCGGCCGCGUCCUCGGAGUCGAAGGGAAAUGGCUCGGCGGUGGAGGAGGAGUUCACCGUCGCUCGCCUCUACAUCAGCAAGAUGAAGUCCGAGGUCAAGUCCCUGGUGAACCGCAGCAAGCAGCUGGAGAGCGCUCAGGCCGAUGCCCACCGCAAGAUCCAGGCCAACGAGAAGGAGCUGGCGUCCUGUCAGCUGCUCAUCUCCCAGCAUCAGGCCAAGAUCAAGUCUCUGACCGACUACAUGCAGAACAUGGAGCAGAAGAAGAGGCAGCUGGAGGAGAGUCAGGACGCUCUGACCGAAGAGCUCGCCAAACUGCAGGCUCACGAGAAACGGCACGAGGUGUCGAGAGACGACAAAGAGAAGGAGGACAUCGGCAGACUGGACGGAGACGACGACAUCAAGAAAACGCUGGAGGAGCAGCUGGAGAACCACAGGGAGGCCCACCAGAAGCAGCUCGGCCGCCUCCGGGACGAGAUCGAAGACAAACAGAGGAUGCUGGACGAGCUCACAGACCUGAAUCAGGGUCUGCUGCUGGAGCAGGAGAGGCUGAUGUCGGAUUACGACAAAGUGAAAGCUGAGGAGCAGGAGAAGGAUGCAAAGCUGCAGAAACUCAUGCUGCUGAAUGAACAACAGGAGCAGGCCAGAGAGGACCUGAAGGGUCUGGAGGAGACUGUGGCCAAAGAACUACAGACUCUUCACAACCUGCGCAAACUCUUCGUCCAGGACCUCACCACACGGGUCAAGAAGAGCGCCGAGCUCGACUGCGAGGAAGGACUCUGCAACGGUGCCCAGAAACAGAAGAUCUCCUUCCUGGAGAACAACUUGGAGCAGCUCACCAAAGUCCACAAGCAGCUGGUCCGAGACAACGCAGACCUCCGCUGUGAGCUUCCCAAACUGGAGAAGCGUCUGCGAGCGACGGCCGGACGGGUCAAAGCUCUGGAGAACGCCCUGAAGGAGGCCAAGGAGAACGCCAUGAGGGACCGCAAGCGCUACCAGCAGGAGGUGGACCGCAUCAAGGAGGCGGUGCGGGCCAAGAACAUGGCCAGGAGGGGCUACUCUGCACAGAUCGCGAAGCCCAUCAGGCCGGGUCAUCAUCCACUGUCGUCCCCCAUCUGCAGCUCCGUCAGGGCUGGAGGCAACUACACCCACAACAACUAA